GCCGCCGCAGCCGCUGCCUGAAUCCUCCCGUCCGCCGCGCUCGCCAGUCGCGGUCCCAGCGUGACACACAUACCGAACCAAGUGUUGUGCGUGCUCGUCGUGACAGUUGCUAGGACGCUACAGAGCACUUCGCCUGCGAACAAGUAGUGCAGUGUGUGCUUCGUCAAACGCAAUUUCUUCCUCGAGUCUCCAGCCCACGUCGAAAUAAUUUUCAGAUAGGUGGCGAUGGAGGCCACCGCCUUGUGAAGAGUCGGCACGGAGCAGUACUAUGCCAGCGCGAUGGCGGCGUCGCGACGACUCGAGAGUCUGCUACAGGCGGCGGUCUGGCUCGUCGUCCUGACAGGAUGCGGCGUGUGGGCGCAGCGGGAACAGCUGCUGGAGCGCAACCGCACCUCCGCGAAGAAGCCGCAGUCAGUUCGCGACCUGUUCCGCACGCCCUCCUGCGUGGACCCGCCCGUCACCUGCCCGCACCACAGGAUACAGUUCUACCUCUACACCAGGUCCACUCAGGACAACCCGAAGCUGCUGGACGUGACCACCCUGGACUCGCUGUACGAGUCGACGUUCAACCCCGACCACCCCACCAAGCUCAUCAUCCACGGCUUCGGCGGCGGCCGCAACUAUUCGCCCAGCACCGACCUGCGGAAAGCGUACUUCACGCGCGGCGACUACAACAUCCUGAUCGUGGACUACUCGACGCUGGUGGUGGAGCCGUGCCUCAGCCAGAUCGAGUGGUCGCCGCGCUUCUGCGCAGAGUGCAUCGCGCAGCUGGUGGGCUACCUGGCGGCGCACCCGCGCGGCGUCCAGCCCGACAGGCUGCACCUGCUCGGCUACAGCGCCGGCGCGCACAUCGCCGGCCUCGUCGCCAACUACGUGCCGCCGCCCAGCAAGCUGGGCCGCAUCACCGGUCUGGAUCCGACCAUCAUCUUCUACAUGGGCAGCAACAGCUCGCGUGACCUCGACUCGAGCGACGCGCACUUCGUCGACGUGAUCCACACGGGUGCCGGCAUCCUGGGUCAGUGGGGGCCUAACGGGCACGCCGACUUCUACGUCAACGGCGGAACCACGCAGCCGGGCUGCGCCCACGCAUCGCUGCUAAAGUCGCUGUCUUGUGACCACACGAAAGUGACACCAUACUUCAUCGAGUCUAUCAACAGCCCCAAUGGUUUCUGGGCUGCGCCUUGUUCUAACCAGUUCCUGUUCUUCAUUGGGUGGUGCCAACCCAAAGAUGAAGACUACAUCAUCAUGGGAGAGGACGUACCUCACACGGCACGUGGGCUGUAUUACUUGACGACAAACGCGCGGAAGCCCUAUGCCAAGGGAUUUCCGGGCCGCAAGAGGCCUGCACGUGGAAGCUGGCGCAAAGCGAGGAAUGGCAUCGGUGCCGGUUGAGCCCGGGACGCUGACGUCACGACGCAAGCUGCACAUGUGCAGCAACACACCGGCUGUGCGCCAUGAAAUAGUCGUCGCAGCGUGCUUACAGUAUUCAGCCCUCCGCGUUAAGCUCUACUCGCCUGCAUGGACUGUGCCGAAAGAUCUCUUGUAUGAGUGACAUGACGCUCAGCUGUGACCGCCAUAGAGGGACCUCACUAUUUAACAAGAGUGGUACAAAUUAUUUUAGAAUUAGUAAGUGGAGACGCACUCGGUAAUUAUUUAAUGACCAUGAUCCGUGUGAAGCACAAGUAACUGAUGAAAACUUUGUACAGUAGUUUUAUUACGAAAACAGUAUUGAUAUAGCUCAAUUAAAGUGAACUUAUGAUGUAAAGAAGAAACGAAACAAAGCAGGCAAUGGAUCAUCAAAUUCGUCUCUUACUUUGACCAUGAAGUGGUAUUCUUAAAUCAAAAUUUUGUAUGAUGUGAAAUGUUUAACCUAUGACGCAAAGCUGCUGAGUGCUGUUUCAUUUUUCAAUUUCAGGCCGCUAGUGAUAUGUUGAAAACUGAAGCCACAAAUAUCUUGAACUUUUCUAUUCUUUAUCAGUUCUUUCACACAGAGAGUGUCAAGAUAAUACUUUUACUGAUGGGACACAUGAGAAAUAUCCCUGCACUCAAUAGGGUGUUGUUGCAGGAACAAGUGUCACAUAUGUAGCUACUGCUAGAAGAAUUUACAUAGAUCUGAAAGAUACUAACAAGAAUGGAUAAUGUUAGAACAGUCAGAAACGUUGCAGGACUACAUUUAAAUGUGACAAUGUGUUUUUAGAUCCUCAUAGUUGAUGAU